UAGCAGAAAUCAUGGCUGGAGGCCUUUAGAGCAAGCAGAUCUAGAUGUGUUUCUGAAGCAGAUCUUGCAGAUCUAGAUGUGCUUCUGAAGCUAUGAUCUCACUUCCUCUUGGGAAGGAUAACUGAGAACAGAAAUGGCUGAGGCUGUUGUUUCUCUCGUGGUGGAGAAACUCGGAGACUUCCUAAUCCAAGAAGCCAAAUUCUUGUAUGGAGUCCGUGGUCAAGUCGAGUGGCUAGAAGGUGAAUUGCGGCAAAUUCAAUGCUUCUUGAAGGACGCUGACAACAAACGGAAGGGGAACGAUGAGGGAGUAAAGAAUUGGGUGAAAGAUGUCAGAGAUAUUGCUUACGAAGCUGAGGACAUCGUCGAAACAUUUGUGCUCAAGAUCGAGAGACGGCAGAGGUGGAGGGGCUUCGGGAGCCUCGUCAUUAGGUAUGCCCUUAUCUUCGGUGAAUUAAUAGCUUGCCAUAGAAUUGGCUUGAAUAUUUCAGAGAUCAAGUCAAGGAUCCUUGACAUCUCCGAUCGUAGAGCUCGAUAUGGCAUCGCCAAUAUAGGUGAAAGUACUGGGGGAGAAGGGGGGAGCCAUGCAGAUGAGAGUGUGCAAUCCCGGCGGCGGAUAUUACCACAUGUUGAUGACUCAGAUACUGUAGGUUUCGAGGAUGACAGGAAAGCAAUUGUAGAGCAAUUACUCGAUCCAAGAAAUACACGGCGUUGCGUGAUCUCGAUAGUUGGAAUGGGUGGUCAGGGCAAGACUACACUUGCUAAAAAGGUUUACAAUACCGGCGAAAUCAAGAGAAGCUUUGAGAAAUAUGCGUGGAUAUCAGUUUCUCAGGACUAUAAUGUGACAAAGAUUUUGAAGAACAUCAUGAGGAAAAUUAUGGGAAUUUCAGAGGAAGAACUGGAUAGGAUCCAAGAAGAUGACUUGGAAGAGAAGCUGCAUGAGUUCUUGAAAGACAAGAGAUAUCUGAUCGUGAUGGAUGAUAUAUGGAGUACAGAAGUAUGGAAAAAAAUUGUGCCAGCCUUUCCAGAUGCGAAGAAUGGAAGCAGAAUCAUUUUCACUUCACGCUCGAUAGAUGUUGCAAAAUCUGCUGAUCCAGAUUCCCCACCCUAUGAGUUAAGGUUUCUAAAUGGACAGGAGAGCUGGGAACUCUUUCUUAGGAAGGUUUUUCCGACUCAAGAAGUUCAAACGAGCUGCCCUGACAACUUGGUGACGUUGGGUCGAGAACUCGUGGAAAGAUGUGGUGGUUUACCUCUUGCUCUUGUUGUGCUAGGAGGCAUGCUAUCGAAAAAAGAUAAAAAUCGUACCGAAUGGUCAAAAGUGAAGAAGAGCUAAAUGGGAGACAACCAAAGAUGUCAAACAUGCUUAGAUGUAUUGGCUUUGAGCUAUGAAGACUUACCUUACAACCUGAAAUCAUGCUCUCUCUAUCUAGGUUGUUUCCCUGAGGACUCAGAGAUCAGUGCUGCUAAACUGAUUAGGUUAUGGACUGCGGAAGGCUUCAUUCCGGCAAGAGAGAGGGAAACUUUAGAAGAAACAGCAGCAGAUUACUUGGAAGAGUUAGUCCAGAGGUGCAUGGUUCAAGUUGUGGAAAGGAGGUCUGAUGGGGUUGUUAAAACCUUCCGAGUUGAAGCAAAAGAGGCUCGAUUUCUCGACGUUUAUAGCACUGAAGAUUGGACAACCUCAAGUGCUUCACGCCGUGCGGCUUUAUUCCACAACGGUGCUGAUGUACUGGAGUCUCUUUAUUCUUCUCAAUUCCUGCGGACUCUCGUAGGCUUCAAUUGGUAUGCAAGCACUGGUCCUGUAGAGCUGAGGCUACAGAAUCUGAACUUACUAAGAGUGAUUGAUCUGGAAGGGGCAUCACUUCAGGAGCUGCCCAAGGAAAUCAAAAGCCUAAUCCAUUUGAGAUAUUUGGCCCUGAGAAGGACCAGGGUGUCACGGAUUCCACCAUCCAUCGGAGAUCUUUGCUAUCUACGAACUCUUGAUGUAAGGCGGACACCUGCCAGGUCUUUGCCUGAUGCAUUUUGGAAGAUUCCAUCACUAAGGCAUGUAGUCUUUAGCCGGGCUUGCGCGAUCCCGAUCCCACGAAAGAUCUGUGCUGCAAAGAAUCUGCAGACCUUGAAGGGAGUACGUGGUGGAUCAUGGAUUGAGAAGCAGCUGCCACAGCUGACCAACCUUCAGAAGCUCGCGAUACUCGAAGUUUCAGACUUAGAUGAAAUGAUGCUGUCCAAUUCACUCAGGAACCUGAGUUCUCUAGUUUCAUUCGCACUCGGAGGAAAUCCGAUCCCCGCCGACAUCGUUCCGGCGUUAUCAGGACAUGAGCACCUUCAUGUUUUGCAUCUAAGUGGACCUAUGUCAAAGAGGCCACAAUUACCCAACAGCAAUGAAUUCCCUCAGAACGUCACCAAGCUCACAUUGCAGGGAUCUAAUCUAGAAGUGGACCCAAUGGCAACGCUGGAGAAGCCAAACCUUAGGGUUCUUAGCUUGGGGCUUCACGCAUAUGCAGGGAAAGAAAUGGUUUGCUUUGCAGGUGGCUUCUUGCAGCUGAAACGGUUGCAUCUCCAUGGUCUGAGGGCACUGGAAAAUUGGAGGGUGGAGGAGGGGGCGAUGCCUGGUCUCAUCCACCUGUCUAUUGUUGACUGUAAUGCACUGAAGAUGCUUCCACAAGGACUAAGAUAUGUCACUACCCUUAAAGAGCUGGAGCUGCUGCAUAUGCCGGCCGCAUUUCGGGAUAGAGUUCGGGAAAAUGAUGGCGAGGAUUGGGUUGCGAUAAGCCAUGUUCCCUCCAUCAUCAUAAAAUGAUAUCUGACUCAGUUUAAUGCUGGGAGAAUUUCUUUGCGUGACUGCAUCUGGUGGUUUCAGCCUCUUGAGUAGUUUUCGAUUUCUUGAUUUGUCGUGAGAUAGUAUUCAUGUGAUUUUCUUCAUAGCAGUAGAUGCAGCUUGCCAAUGCUCAUGUAUUUUGUUGAUGGUCUGCAAUUUCUGUUAAAUAAAAUUGUUCCCUUUCCACUCGAAGCUUUGCCAUGAAACUUCAACGAACCACAAACUACUGUAUGCAAUGAAACAGUUGUCCUUUACAUGCUAUGAGAU